GCAGCGCACCAAGAAAGGAUAAGGAUACACGUGUCGUAACUCUUCUCUAUUUUCGUGACCAAAUCAAGGCAGUAAAUCACUCUUCUCCUUUCCUGUUGUUUUUUCUUCGUUUGCGAGCUGCACAUACCGAACCUUCAAUGGAUUUGACGCCCCAGCAACUUAGCCAAUUUAACGGUAGCGACCCGUCAAAGCCCAUAUACCUUGCAAUCAAUGGCCGCAUCUACGAUGUCACCGCCGGAAAAUCUUUCUACGGUCCUGGUGGCGACUACGCCUUGUUUGCAGGCAAAGACGCCAGCAGAGCCCUUGCAAAGAUGAGCAAGAAAGAAGAAGAUGUCUGCCCCAAUCUCGAUGGCCUCUCCGAAAAGGAGAUGGGUGUCCUUAACGAUUGGGUCAAGAAAUUCGAAGCUAAGUACCCGGUUGUUGGCCGCGUUGUCUGUUGAAUUUGCAUCCUCUCGUUCAAAUCACUUUAGCUCAUAUGUUUGGGUCUUAGCUUAUGGGAUUCUAUCUGCUACUUUCUGUGCGUAAUUUGUUUCUGCCAGUUUCUUAGUCUAUGUUAAUCUAUCUGCUACUUUCAACUUGUCUGUGGUGUUUGACUAAUUCAGAACCUUUCAUGGAGUAAUGGGUGAAACUAAUAAAUGUCAGAAGCUGUUUGAUGUUGAGAUAGUUAUGACUUGUGU